GAUCCAGCCAGUCUGUUACGCGUAAAAGGUUGAUCGCAAAAUACAACAGUCGCACUUGUCCGUUUUGUUUUCAUUUUUAACCAUUUAAAUUGUCAAUAAAAAGCCAUAACUAUGACUUCAUUGCGGGCGAUGUUCUCGUACUAAUUAUAAGAUGGCGGCAGUUCACUUCCGCAUUCAUGUGUAAUCAAAAGUGGUAAAAAAACAUUCGGAAAGUAAUAAGUAAACACUUGUGCAGUUGUGCGCCUCAAUAAAACGCCUUUUCACUUCUGCAACGAGUACCUAAGCAUCCAAAUACUUUAAGGAUAAUAUCGAGUCACAAUUUCCAACUCCACAAAUAUGAACGAUACACUUCAUCCUUCGUCGUCCUCGACCUCGCCAGAAUCGAAAAUACCAAAAGAAAGAGACAACGAUGCGACCAAAUUGCCCACGCCACCCCCAGAUCCGAAGAAGGGUGAAGCUAAUCAGGAAAUUUUGGACAAGGAACGGGAACUUUUACAAUACCUUAUUUCACUUCAGCAACGUAACAGUCAGAGAACUUUCACACGAUCCGAUUCUAUAUUCGGUCCGGCAAUAGCGAUUGAAGAGGCCUUCAAUCAUUUAGAAAAACUUUACAAACUGAUGGAACAAUUGUUGAACCUCCGUCAACAGAACGCGAGGUUGCAACGUCGCGUCCGCGACCUGGAAUAUCUACGGAAUUUGGAAAAGAUGAACAGGAACGUGGAAAUAAACGUAGAACGGGUGUGUUUGCCUAAUGUUGAAGAGGAGACGGCUCUGGCCGAGAACCUUUUCGAUACCUUGCUGGCCAUCGGAAGAAAGGAUGAUAAACUUAAAACGUGGAACCAAUCGCGUUUUCGUCAAUCGCUCCUAAGGAAGCAGAGAGGUCGCAGAAUAUCGGUGUCAAUUGGCGAAAACAAAAACCAACAGCAGUACGAUCGAACUCGGCCCAGAAGGGCUUCCGCUAGCUAUCAACCAUCGAAAAUUUCGAAAUGGACUAAAGUGAAAGCGGCCUUCAAGUGGGAAAAGGCGUCGAACAACGUGAGCAACGCCAAAUCUCAGGACAGCGGCAUCGGAAGCAUCCAUCCCAUCAAUUGUGAAGUUGCGCGUUACCUUAGGGUUCCAUCAGCGUCUGAAGAACCGGGAACUAGUCCCGGAGAUUCGGGAGCCGCUGAUGGAUCAUCGCCGGCGAGUCUUUCCACAGCAUCGUCUGUAGACAAUUUGCACGAGCAAGAACGUAAAGAACAACCCGAUCGACGUUCGGGGGAUGAAAAUCGCAGGUUUUUCUGUUACGACAACAUAUUACAAAAUAAGGAUGAUAAGGAUAACGUUAAAAGAAGAAGGCAUACAUUGAGCUGUCGAAGUGACGACAUAAAAUUGGAUGAAAUCGUUGUGGAAAGUAGUAACGAAGACGCGUUCGAAGCUGAAGAAAAUGAGGAGGACCGCAUUCCACGGCGCGUUAAGGAAAAAUAUAAAGAAAUAUUAAAUGACAUUAAAAAUCAGAACUCUACUAACAAAUCAGACACAUCUGAACGGGUCUCGAGGUGGAACAGAAUAAAAAAGGCCUUCUUAAACGAUCCCGUCUCUCCAGACGGAGAUCCUCAACUAAGUACUGAUGAAGAGACGAACGUCUUUACUUUCAAAUUAGAUGAGUAUUCGGGAAAUUCGUCGGGUGUAAACACCCUAAAAAUUCAAGCCGAAAUUCAAAAGAAUUACGAGCAGUUACAAAAAAAAUUGAGUCAGGAGUUUCAAGUUAAAUUACAAGAAUGGGAAAAGAUGAAAUCGCAUUCUCCCAGCGUCUACUCAGAAGAACAAAAGGAUGAAGCGUUUUUAAAGAAAAUGGAAGAAUGGCAACGGAUUAAGUCGCAUCCGUCAAAAUUGCAGGCCAUCGAAAUGAUGAAACAGGAAAAUUUGCCUCCCGAUUUUAAAAAGAAACUUCAAGAAUGGCAAAGAAUAAAGAAGAGUUCGACAAAGGAAGAACCGAUGCCGUCCUCGUCCUCAAACGUGCCAAGUCGAUCAAAAUGGAAACCGAAUCUACUUUUAUUACCAGACGAUGCGACAUGGAAACAAACAAAACAAUUACAAGACAACAAUUGUAACUUAACGCCUCCUAUUUCACCAACGAAACUCACCAAAAAAAUAAAAGAUUCUACUCACAAGGAAUUUACGUGGCUCGAGAAAGAACUCGGCAAAAUCGACAAAGAAAAACAGAGAUUAGAAAGGGAAAAACAAAAAUUUAUGGAACGGGAACAAAGAUUAACAAAGCUCGGAAAAUCUGUAAUGGGAAAUGGCAAUAAGAAGGAAAUAUUCAUCCACACCCCCUCCGGGUUCCAUCGUUUCGAAGGCAUCUCGAAAAAGUUUACUCAGAAACUGUACGAAUGGGAAAAGUCCCAAGGCAUUGGACCAGAAUCAUCGACGAUUGCUCUACUCUCAUCAGGACUUGGACUUACACCGAAAUCUUAUUUCAUAGACCAGCAGGGCAAACCUUUCAGUACUUACGGCGGACUGACUUUGAUGCGAUCCAAGUCAGACGACAGUCUGAUGGUUAACAAUUUGAACGGAACGAUCAGCCAUCAACCUUCCAGUCUGUCUUUAAAUCACGUGGAAGAAUUGGAACGAGAAUGCAUGCUUCCAGUAAGUGAAUCAACAUUAGAUGACGACGUUUUUACAAAUGACAGAAACAUCGAUGAACCGGAAGCUAUCAUAGUCGAAGUGGAAGACAUCGUCGAAGAAACGGCUUCGCCUUUGGAGGAGCGUCCCAAAGAGAUGCUGUUUCCAGUCUAUCACCGUCAACCGGACGAUAAAAUUUGGCCCUGUAAAUCGCACCAAAUGGCCGAAAAUAACACGUCCAAAUAUGAUAGAAUCACAAAAGACAUAUCAGAAUUGAUAUCAGAAAUUUCUGAGAUUGACAAAAAGCACGGGGAGGAAACCAUUGAGGACCCAUUAAGAAGAGGUUGCGAUAACGACUCCCUGAAGGCAAAUAACAUCGCUAAACAAUUGUCAAAUACUGAACAAGUGUUAGAAAAAUUGGAAGUGUUGAAAUGCGUUGUCGAUGACACGAGAACACCACAAGGGUACGGCUUUCCUUUGAAACACUUGACCAAUGUAGAGGAGUCGGUGCAGGAGUUGUUAAAAAAACUCACGCUAAAAGUUGAGGAUUUGAAAGACGAACUGACGCAAAAAUUGGACGCUUUAAACAUUCAGACGAACAGGCAAGGACAACAACAGAAGGACAUUCCCAAUGAAACAUCCGAAAUCAAUAACAUAAUUGGUGAUUUAAAAAGAUACAUGGAUCGUAUGGUGGCCACUUCAGCAACAGUCAAAGAAAACGUCAAUGUUGACGACAAAGAGCGACAGGAUCAAGUGAAACAAGGAGCUAUCAAAAAAAGAUUCCGAUUAAAACCGGUGGUGUCGAAGAACGAAGAUGCAACGGAUGAUAGCGAUGAGGACGACGAUCGCAACGUCCAUUUGGUAAGGAGCACACAUCGUUCUAGAACGACGGCAGAUUCCAAAUCGCGUUGGAAAAGGAGCAAAGUUCAGGACUGCGAGAAAAAUUCAAACGUAAUCCCAGAAAAUGCUCUCGUUCAAACGACAAAGAAACUUUUCGAUCCUGUAACCGACAAGAAAAUCGAAGAAAAUGUGAAUCAUAGUAACGUAAACAAUUGUUCGGUCUCAUCAUUUUCGUAUCAGAAGCGAUCGUCCAACACACGACGCUUACCCCCUUUACCUUCGUCGCCGAAUUCUCAACGAAAGACCCCGAAAGAAAUAUCGCCGUGCAUUAGACUAAUGAUGAAUCGGUACAAUCAAAAAGUAUCCGAGCAAGACGUCCAUAGUCUCAAGUCUACACCAAGCAGUGGAUCGGUCUCACCCGUGGCGUGGCGAUCGCCUCUUAGCGAGAAACGCGUCAAAGUGCAGACCCAAAGGUACUUAAUGGAACUGAGAAAGCAAUCCACCGAAAGCCAAGUACAAAAAUCAGCAAGUGUCGGUCAUUUACGAACAAACGACGAGAAGAAACAAUCGCAACUGUCUCAGAAAAGCGAAGGAAAAAUAUCUCGAUCAGUAAGCGCGGGAGUGAUACAAAAUCUCCACAGUAGAGUGCAAAAAUCGAUAACAAAAGGCAACAAUGAACAACAAGAAGAGAAUUUAAGAGAAGAUAAGAAACUUCGUCCAACUUCUCUAAAACUUAACAUAAUUCCGUACGAAGAAAUUCAGUCCGAUAGCAGAUCGUAUCGUUUAAAAAAGUCCCGAGAAGAUUUUCUGGCAUCUGCACCUAUUAAAACAGCGCAAGUCUCAUUGUCAGUCCAACCGGAUCCUUUAUCAGCUCCUGUUGCAAUGGAAACGGACAAAACGAUAGUCUACCCGUCCAGGAACAGAUUGAGUCAAGUUAGUGUCGAAAGCGAAUCGAGCUGCGAUUCGUCCACAUGGCAUGGACUUUUAAUGAAGUCAGCAAGCGCGGGAAUGAUCAAUAUUGACGCAGAUUCGUACAAACAAUUCGAUGCUGCCGCAUUUCACAGAGACGGUUACGUCUCGUUACCACGAAGUCCGAAGAAGACGAAGGAAGAUAAUUUUUUAAUAAGCAGCAAGUCCGCACUGGCAAACCUCGCAUCCAAAUUUCGUAAAGUGAAAAUGCGACGUCAUAACAAAGACCCCAAAAACAAAAAAAACAUGAACACGAUCACAGCUUUGUGUAGACAGAGUCUUGUGGUGGAUAUUAAUUCCGAAACGUCUAGUCAGAGUAAUUCGGAACAAUCGUCGAGAAAGAACAGCGUAUUAGCUGGCAAUCCAGGAGAAAGGAACGAAUCUGGAGCAGCUGGGUCGUCUUGUCCUUCGGAAGAGACGCUAUUGAACACCAGCUCCAAAGAGCGAUGGACGAUGAAACGGCCAAAAAUUUUUACAAAAUAUAACCAGUAAAAUUACAUUACUAUACGGACAAAAGAAAACUAUUAAUCGCAAUUAGGUAUAGCCACAAAAUUUUAUGUACAUAUUUUAAAUGUAAGUAUAAACAUACCUAUAUAAUGACAAUUUCAAGCAUUUAAUUCUAUAUAUUACAAUACACGUUACACAUACAUAUGUAUAAAACUGAGAACCGAACGUAGGGAUACAUUAUUACAUGCAAUCGUCAAAUGGCGACAUCAUCUUUUGAACAGUACAGGAACAGCAUAGGAAAACUCAGCCAUAUUCUCCUAUUAAUCGUUAAGUAAUGUAGGUCCGAUAAAUUCAAUUUAAAACCCUUGAAUGGUGUUACACUUUAAGAGUUUGAGUUUGGUUAGUCUAGGACCGUUUUAAGGGAAGCUGGCGAUAUUUUCGGACAGUCGUGGUUGGAAAAACACAUUUCAAACGUCAGUCAAAUCAUGAAUUUUCGCUCGUACCACACAAAAAGAAAAAAUUCCGGCAAAAAAAAGUGUAAAAUUCAUGUUCAAUAAAUAUAUUGCCUUAUCUGUAUA